AUGGCUGUCGCAGUUGCCUCAGCGCUCGAGCGGCUGCAUCUGGAGCUCCUUGACCUCGUCGUCGACGAGCUCGUCUCCGUGUCCGACAUCAGCGCCCUGCGCCUGACCUGCCGCACACUGGCCGCACGCGUCGCUCAGAGUCCGGCCCUGCGACCAUAUGUGGCCCGCAAGACUGUCGAGCUGACGGUGCGGGAUCUCGAGACACUGGUGGCCAUGACGGAGUCAGAUUGUCCAGUCGGCCACCAACUGCAGCACCUGACGCUCAAGGGCAUCGCCCGCAACAAGACGGCCGUGUACAUGAGCAAAUACAGCGACCUGCCGCCACCGAGCCAUCCGGAGGAGGACCCAGAGCAGGACCAGGACACACUGCUGCGAAAUGUGCCCGAAGAGGACUCGGACGACCACAAGCGACUGUUGACGGCUGCCCUGUCGAACAUCCGCAAAUAUGGACGGCUUGGUGGCCUGGCCUCUUUGACGCUGAUAAUCGGGCCCAGCACGAAGCCGCGGGCCAUUUAUAUUGUGCCGCGGCACAAGCGAGGAGCAGGAACGUUUCCAGAGGAAGUCGACGCCGGAAUAGGAGGUGGAGGUGGUCGUGGCAGCGAGAGCGACCCCGGCGGUGAUGGCGAUGGAGACAACGACGGCGACUAUGUGGCUCCGUACGAGCUGCCGUACCGCCCGUCAUGGCGUUCUGUCUGGGACGCCGCCGAGAGCACGUUCGGCGUGGCCAUGCAUGCUCUGACGACGGCACAACUUCCCGUGGCCGACGAGCUUGAUAUCUUCCAUAGCAUUGUCGGUGUUGCGCUGCCGUUUGACGCGUUUCUGUCCCUCACAUGCGACCCAGCCGCCGUCCCCAGGCCUAUUUUUUCAUCCCUCAAACGCCUCAAAGUUCACUUGUCUCUGCGGCACCGCUCCGCCGCCGAAGAGCGCAAUGUGACUGCCGCCGAAGUUGCCCGAGAGGAGCGUGAGGUCGCCACUGACGAGUUCAACGAGAACCUCAUUAUCUCGCAACUGCAGGCCCAAUUCGAAGCGGCGCACCGUGCACAGCUGCACGCCGAAUGGGCUGCUGCUCGCCGCGUGCUUGAGACCAUCACGGCGCCUUCCGAACUGGCGCGCGUCAUGCCGGCACUCGAAGCUGUGAGCGUGGACUGGUACCACAUAGGACGCAACAUGAUCAUACCUACAGAAAAAGAGCUGGCAUCUUCGUCAUCAUCAUCACCACUGCAAAAGUCCACAUCAUCGGCUCCCGACGGCCCAGACGACAAGAACACACGGCCAUUGCCUCGGCUACAUGCACUCAGCUUGCAUGGCAUCCGCCUCGACGGUGCAGAGUUUUUAAAGUUUAUCGACACAGCGCGGCCUGAAUACCUCUCCUUGUGCUACCCGCAAUUCAUACCAAGCUCUUUUGAGCCGGUGCUGCGCUACCUGACUGACCCUGACCUGCGCGACUCCGCCAAGUCCCAAGCCAUAAAGGACCUGGAUGCGCGGUUGGUCAACCUUCGUCCGUCGCCCGUACGCCGCUUCAAGCUCGACGACAUUAUGGACGGCUACGCCCUCGUGCACUACAAUGUGCCGGGACGGCCCAAGUUCCGCUAUCUACACAUGCCGGACCUGGGACCCUGCACUCUGGUGCGACCCGACCCCAGUCUCGACACAACUGCGCCCAUGACACAAGCGGUGGCGGCAGCAUUGCCAUCGGUGACGCCGCCCGACUCUCCGGACGCCGUAGACUUUGAUCAUCAAGAGGAAGAGGGGGCAGUCUUACAGCCGCCGCCAGCACGGCCACUGGCCGUGGCAGCGGCUACAGGCCCGACCACAGACGACCCACCUGGUGGUGUCCGAAUGGUGCGCCCGCACACGCGGCCCUUGGGCUCCGGCAGCCGCUGGCGCUGGGCGCGCCAGAAUGGCAACGUCUACGGUCCACCACGUGCCCGCUACGACCUUCAGCAGCUCAACUCGGGCAUGGUGCCGAAGCCACACUCCUUGACGCGGAUGUUCGGGGACAUCCGGGCAGCUGCCGGGAUGACGGACCGGCUGGAACGGAGGGAGGCAGCAGUGGAUAUGCAAGCUGCGGAAGUGGUAUAG